AUGCAUGGGACUCAUGAACGGCAUUCAAAACCCUCCAUGAGUGAGAUAAAAUUCCGUCGUAUGUGUGAACUGAAUCAACGGCUAAAAGAAGACCUGGAGCGCCCGAGAAUCCCUGUCAGUGAAGCAUGUCAAUCAUUAAUCAUGUUUGCUACAUCCACAAAAGAUCCAAUGUUGCCAUCUAUCUGGGGACAUGUCGACAAGUGCAAUGACCCGUUUGCCCCAAAAAGGACUUUCAAAUGCUGUCUUCUUAUGUAG